GCUCUGUCGAGGGUUGAAUUCGGAGAACGCGCUGCAUGGAUCCCUGAGUCUUUCCAGACCAGGACUCAGGAACCUCCCCAUCAGACGCGCCCGGCCCUGUUUGUGCUUGAUCUUCUCUCUUUUGACUAUCACCGUCGACUCUCUGUGCACCAGGGGAUCGGUGUCACUCACAAGAAGUCGACAAGCCACAAUCUGCCUUCGUUGCUCGCGUAAACGUACUACUUAUAAGACUGAAGUACUGAAGUACGGCGAAACGUACAGUAUUUGCGGUGGUCAGCCCGCAAGAUGUCGGACUCAUCGUCCAAGCUGCUCGUCCCUCUCCAUGUCAAGUACAUCCAGUCGUUGGGAGAGAGCAAAGAUGACCUCAUGUACCAUCUUACCGCGCACCUCCGGAUGAACGCCAUCUACUGGGGCCUCACCGCGCUCACCAUCAUGGGGCACAAGGACGCGCUCGACCGCGAGGAGAUGAUCGACUUUGUCAUGAGCUGCUGGGACGACGAGGCAGGAGCCUUCGGCGCGCACCCCGACCACGACGCGCACCUGCACGCGACGCUGAGUGCGAUCCAGAUCCUCAUCAUCCAGGACGCGCUGGACCGGGUGGACGUAGACCGUGUAGUCAAGUUCAUCCUCUCGCUCCAGCAGCCCUCCGGCGUCUUCGCAGGCGACCAGUGGGGCGAAGUCGACACCCGCUUCCUCUACUGCGCGGUCAACGCCCUCUCGCUCCUCGGCCGGCUGCACGAGCUCGACGCCGACAAGACCGUCGGGUACAUCCGGCAGUGCAGGAACUUCGACGGCGGGUUCGGCGCCGUGGCGGGCGCGGAGAGCCACGCAGCGAUGGUGACCGUGUGCACGGCGACGUUGGCGAUCCUCGACAGACUAGACGAGAUCGACCAGGCGACGCUGGGCUGGUGGCUCGCCGAGCGACAGCUGCCUAACGGCGGGCUGAACGGGCGGCCAGAGAAGCUCGAAGACGUCUGUUACAGCUACUGGGUCCUCUCCGCGAUGGCGAUCCUGAAGAAGGUCCCCUGGAUCGACGCGGAGAAGCUCAUCGCGUUCAUCCUCUCAGCGCAGGACCCCGAGCAUGGCGGGAUAGCCGACAGACCGGGCGACCAGCCCGAUGUCUUCCACACUCAUUUCGGCGUAGCAGGCUUGUCGCUGCUAGGCUACCGUGGGCUGGAAGACCUCGACCCUGUCUACUGCAUGCCUGCCAAGAUCAUCGAGCGCAUGGGGCUGAGAAAGGACUGGGAGGCGCUGCCUAGGAGGGUAGAGUGACCUCGUGUGGCGGUAGUGCGAACGGAAGUUGAGACGUAGAAUCUUCAUUGUAGGAUAGUCAUUGCUUGAGCCUCGCAGCUAAUCUGUAAUGCGCAUUAAGCAUCUACGGCUGCUACUUGUUAGCUGUGUAUGUGAGCGUUGGUGGUCGAAUCCACGGCAUUUGGCGGCAUGUUAACCAGGUAUUAGAGAGGCGAGCCUGUUUACGACGAAGCUACGCGCUGCCUUGCAGUGCAUCAAGUCCUGUACUAAUGAAUGCGAGAAAUCGGUCUCGAGAA